ACUUGAAUCUGGAGGCCUUCCCCAAAAUUGACUUGUCUACCACUAACUGGAAAGAAAAGAGGGAAGGACUGCAGAUUCACCAAAAAAACAUGUCUUCAAAGCAAGAACAAGGCACCACAGCUAACUCCAAACGACACACUACCACUGGCACGGAGCUGGAAGAGGGGAAACUCCCUCUAAGGCGGGAUGAAAGGUUCUCUGUUCUCCUGUCUGAGGAUGUUCAACGAUCCUGUAAGGCCUCUGGUAGAAAAAUUCCUUACUAUAUAUUCCUGGGAAGCUUGCUUGUCUCUGACCAGGGCUCUCCUCAAUUCAGAAGGGGGGUUCCAAAACCAAUGGUGGGGGAGAUUGCCAUGCAUAGCAAGGCAGGCCUCAAUAAGCUGCUGGUUAUCAGACUCGAAAAGGACCUUCUCGAUAUUCAUGUUAGCUGCUGUAAGGGUAGCUUCUCUGAGGGCUAAAGCUUCAGCAAGGAGGGGCUUUGUUGUGCAGAAAACCUUGGUAGAGCCAAAGGUAAGAUCUCCUUUACCAUCUCUAAAUAACAUGCUCCCUGUUGCCCUGUUGUUGUGGUUGU